GCGGAAGCAGAGCGUGGAAUGUUGGUACAUUGUUGUUGUUUUGUAGUUUUAAUUUCGUACGAGGAUCUGCCGCCGGUCAGUCCACCGCCGCUGGACGCGUUUUUACGCACGGACCGUGUCCAGUUUCUGCGUCGCCUCUGACGGAAAAGCCGCCACUUUUCCUUUUUGGGGGGUUUUACGCAUUCCGGUCCACAGAUAUAUCCGCGUCCACAGAGUGAGUCUUCUGUGAGAUCCGGGCCAGUUGUCUGCAUGCAGGGAAUGACGACUCAUUUCAAGACGAGCAAAGCUUUAAAGGUCAAGAAGGAGGCGGGUGAGAAUGCCCCAGCACUCAGCGAUGAUGAGCUGGUGGCCAUGUCCGUGCGGGAGCUCAACCAGCACCUGCGUGGGCUGACCAAGGAGGACGUCGUGCGGUUGAAGCAGCGGCGGCGGACCCUGAAGAACCGGGGCUACGCUGCCAGCUGUCGCAUCAAACGUGUCACCCAGAAGGAGGAGCUGGAACGGCAGAAGAUAGAGCUGCAGCAUGAGGUGGACAAGCUGGCCCGAGAGAACGCCAGCAUGAGGCUGGAGCUGGACGCCCUGCGAGCCAAAUACGAGGCCCUGCAGUGUUUUGCCCGAACUGUGACCCGAGGGCCCCUCUCGCCGGGCAAGGUGGCCACCACCAGCGUCAUCACCAUCGUCAAGUCAGCCAACAAACACAACAACUCCAGCCCGACCCCGUUCUCGACUCCGUCCUAAUGUCGACAGGACUGGGCUCUCCUCGUCCUGCCUGGUCCUUCCCGGUUCUGACCCUGCCUGAACCCACUCAUCCUGUACUGAGAGGACGCUCAGUAGUUAGACUGAGGGAUGGGCUGGGGUGGCAACCUCCAUGUGAUGUCAUUCUGAAUUCACCGUCUUCGUUUUCCUCCUUCCGUCUGAUUUACACAAUCUAUGUUGUCUGUGCACUGUGCAAACCCCCACUCCCAGACCCCCCCCCCCCCAGCACCGGCAGGGUAAUGGGCCUCUGUGAUGACCCCUCGUCCCUGACUGAUGGCAGAGAUUUGUUUGACAUGCCUUAAUGUGGCAGCACUGGCCUAGGACACCUCAGAAACCUAUUGCCAUUAAGCAUAGAACACAAGAGAUUCGAGUUGCGUGCAUAUGUGACGGCAAAGCCUUUUCCAAAUGAUAUUUUCGCAAAAGUGCCUCAGCCGCCGAAGCUGUUACCUUAAAAAGGAUCCAUGAUUGAUCUCACAUGUAGUUUAACAUCUCUCCAUAGCCACAUUACCAGUGAUCUCCAGCCUCCAAGAGCCACAGAACCAUACGCUUCCCCAGAUAUGUUCUGGGGGGUGGACAGUUUGGUUGGAGGGAAAGGCUCUCGAUGGGUUGUUGGGAGAAUUUGCACUAAGCAACUGAUGACUGACCAAUGUUUGGCCAAUGGGCUCCUUUCAACAUGUGUUUUUUUAACAUGAUGAGUCAUGCUAAAUAUUUUUAAUGAUUUAGAAGCUAAGUCAGCACCUUCCAGGAAAAGUCAUGCUGCAAACGCAUUUUGGGGUUCAAAAAUGACAUUUUGAAUUUGCUGGAAAACUUCAAAACUCCAACAUUAGACCAAAAUUUGAAUGCAAAUAUACCGACUCCCCUUUUUGUCAACUGACUGGCUACUGACCAAAAGUUGACAAACCCAAACAUUUCUCUCUCAUCUGCAGGGUGUCUGUGUCAGGCAUCUCAAAGCAACAAAUCAGAUUCAUUUUAAUUUGCUGUCAUUAUAGCUCAUCGGCCAAACGCUCGACUCGUGCCAGUGUUUUGGUUCAGAAAUUGUUGAAUCUGUCAGUGGGGCUGAAAAGUGUUUUCUCACAGUGAGCUGUGUUGUUGAAAUCUUUGGAGCCUGUGUCAGAUUCAAUUUGUAUCUUUACAGUCCCCCGAUCGACUCAAGAAAUUUCUACUUUUGAUUAUUUGAAACGCAUCGAGUUGAACAGAUUUUAAACUCUAUUUAGCUGAACACGUCGACUCGAAAAAUUGAAAAGUGAUUACGGAUCAUUUUGGGCCAGAUUUCUUUGGAUGUGGUGGGUUUUCACACUCGCCCAGUUUCAAUCAUUAUAUAGCACUUAUAGGGAAACUGUUAAGAUGCAGUAUAAACAAUUCGCAUAGAAACUGAUCCCAGAGAAUUUGAGACCAUGACAGAUAGAAGCUCUUCUUGCAUUUCUUAAGUUACUGAGGCUUUAAGUGCACAAUGAUUAAAUGUGGUUUGACCACUUAUUGCAAGGUCAAGCCUUAUGUAGCUAAGGAUGGUUUACUCUGUAUGCAACAGCACUUACUGGGGGAGGUUCUGCCUCUUUCCUUUAUAUGCCACUCUUUGGUAGGUAAUCCAUAUUGGAUAUAAUGUAAUGAGAGCGGUUCUGAUGAGUGAAAUGCAAUCAGGGUCACUUCCUGUAUAUUACAGAUUUACAGACAACACAAAACUCCCACUGCCUCCGUCAUUACGUCGCGCUAAGAACUCCGUCCAAAUACAAAUCAUUCCUACCGCUGGGUCACGAGAAGUGCUGCUGCCGGUGUUGGUCACUCUGAAACAGUAGCUAUUUACUUUGCUUUUGACACACUCUUCUGCAAGAGAACUCCUGACGCCCAUCUCUAGAAACAGUGGUGUCACGGCAACUAAAAUAAAAACAAACAACAAAAAACGUGGUUAUUAACACCUUCCUCCUGUUGUACGUUUUGAGAUAUUUAAAAUAUGAUUAUCACUUGAAAUCAAGCCGUUCUUACCGAGGAUCCAUUCCUAAUUUGGAGUGAAGUGAAUAGAGAUUUUUCAUGUCAGGAUUUUCUCUUGGCUAAGAGGACAUGACUGUUCUUCCCCUGUUCCAUAGCUGCAAAGAACAGUACGGGGAACUUUGCUGCUGUACAACCUGCUGUGAUUUUGAAGCAGGGGCAUUGCUGUGUUCUUACUCUCAUUUUGUAUUUUCACUUGGUUUCUAUGUUGAUGCAACUUAUGUCCCCUUUCUGAUACUUCGUUUUAUAUGCAUAUACAGUAUAUUAUAAAUAUAAAUAUACAUAUAUAUAUAUAUAUAUACAUAUUUUUCUAUAUUUAUGUCUUUUACUAUCCUGGGAGUGGUGUGAUUAUGUAAUCAUUCUUUAAAGUCUAAUUAUGAUGCUGACCUUUUUUUCUGAAAGAAAAGAUGUAUUCACAUUUACAAUGAGAAAACUAUUCUCAUAACUUAAGCCUUCUUUGUGAGUAUUUAUAGCCCAUGAAUAGCUCUUCUCAGCACAAUUAAUAUUUGGGACUACGGACGGUGACUAUGGUUACAAAUAGGAUGCAGUUCAUUAUCUCUAACGUUUAAAAACAGAAACUAUAUUUCUGACUGCUGGUUCACACUGUCAGUGAAGAGCACAUAUGUCAUAUUUAACACCAUAACUUAUAAAUCCUUCAUAAUAUUGGAGUGAAACAACAGGCAAUACAGAUUAUAAUUGAAUUAAGUGAGAGGUUACAAGUCAAACUAUCUAUGCAAAGGAAUUCACAUAUUUUACAUUAAGUCUGGAUCAUUUGGAUGGAAAUUUAUACCAAACAUGUGCUCUUUAGCACAGAUAUCAAUUAUCUCAGAUAUAGAAAUCAAUUUCAACAAAAGGGCACUAGAGUGCAAACUUCCACCAGUCCCCUUAGGGAACCACAUUUAAAUAAACUAGAUGCAGAUUUUUAUGUGAAUCUGCACCAAAUUACACACACUCAUAAAUAUCGGUUCCCUCAACAUGUCAGAUCUUUUUUUUUCAUCAAGAUCCAUGAAUUAUUCUCUGAGAAAUUAUCAAAAAUGUUAAAGAAAAACCUGAAUCCGCCCCCUGAUCUGGAUCUACAAUUGAAUAUUUGCUUUCCUGACCCAUACUGGAUCCUCCCAUCAAGUUUCAUGGUCGUGCCUCCAGUAGUUUUUGCAGUAACACAGACACACAAACAUAAACGUAAACAUAAUGUCCUCAGCGGAGGAAAUAUUUCAAAAGAAAAGCACAAUAAAAUGGAGAAUAUUUAAUUAUUUGUGUUCCUAAAAUAGAGGGUUAACAUAUAUAAAAAACCUUUGUGGACUCUGUAUUGUAACACAGACGUCGUAUCCUAUUCUAAACAUAAUUGAUUUUGUCGACAGUUUUAAAUGAAAAUGACUUUACCUGAAAUUAAAAUUGCAAAGCUGCUAAAGUUGAAGGUCAUUGAGGAAUUUAAAGACACAUGUUUGUUUACACAACUCAUUUUUCAGCACAUUGCAAAAAAAUACUGCUCAAAGCAAUUUCUGAGAACAUUAAAAUGACCUCUUCAAAACCGAAUGCUGUUGAAUGAGGCAUAAUUUUCAGUCAUUACUGUAUUCGGAUCAUGUGAAUAAUCUUUUGGUAGCAGAGUGUAUAUAUAUAUAUAGAUAUAACUAUAUAUAUAUUUCUUUACUGUGCCAUGUGAGAAGACAAACCUCAGUUUUAAACAUCCAUCCAGAGUGACCCAGUUGAGGUCCACUCAUGCUCUGAAACACACAAUGCUGCAGUGUUAUUUUACCACAAGCAACAACACUUGCUAGACGCAAUAAUGUCACAUUAUACGAUAAAACAAUAAAUGCUGCAACUUCUUUUUUUUUUAAAAUCACUUUAGGGAGCAUUAUGCAGAUAUGAAUAUUUUAUGGGUGAAAAGAGGCACAAAACAUCACCUACCAUGGAUGUUUCCUAAAAGUGAUCCGAGCAGUUGAAGCUUGGAGCUGUAAUAGAACUGUUAAAGGUAUCAACUGUUAUUUUAUUUUAUUUUAUAUAUAUAUGAACCAGGACAAUGGCAAUUGUAUGUACACAAACGAGGUGGCUCAUCUUGACCAUAGGUGUUCAAGAUGAUGAGAUUAAAAUUUCUUCCUGCAAACCUUUCUUUGCUUAAAUAAGCUUUCACACACAAGCUUUGCCAGCCCUACAAGCUACAGUGUUUGACUUCGCCCGUGUAGAGAGUCAAGAUUUAUUACUGUAGAUUCAAGAGAUUUAUAUGUGCCUAUAAAUUCAGUCAGAAAAAAGAGCUCCAUGGUUGUAGGAAUGUUUGUGUAUGGAUUACAUGGUUGUGGGUGAAAUAAUGGAUACAAUUCAUUGAAUGUUAAUUCAACAGCAGCAGUUCCUAUGUUUAGUUUGUACUUAAAAGAUUUUUUUGUUUUGGUCUCAUGGCAACACACUGAGGCUCAAUGAGUGACUGUUAGAAGGAUCGUAACAAGGCAGCACGUCCAUGAGUAUGUUCCCUUCACAACUUGUCAUUAUUCUGCUCAUAUUUUUUUAUAUUUAUUUCAUUAAUUUGUGUAAUUAAAACAAAAAACACCUAAAUUAUUUUACAUUCAUUUAUUUACAUGUUUUCUCAAUGAACUACCCUCAUGUACAAAUGAAAUCUGUAUUUGUUCCUGCUCUGAUUUUAAGUAUGGUAAAUUAUUCCUAUAAAUAGAUCUGCUGUGUCUGUUUUUGUACCUUCAAAUAAAGCUUUUUUCCUCA